UGUGUGUCUCAGUCGGCAGCGGAUAAAAAUAUUCUUACAGAUACAGUAGAUAUACAUCUGGAAUACAUCUCAUUUGGGAGGCUGAUUUACUGUUUCCUGCGGACAAAAAUGUCUCAUUCUUUGAAUACUUGAGGAGUGACGACAACUUUCCUCUUUCCGGACUUCAGCCUACUCUAAUCGCCGAAGAUACAGCGUGGAGUCCCAGAAAACAACAACACGGAUUUAACAAUGCAAACAGAUCAAUUUCCCGAUCGGGAUUUGCAAUUUUAAGCGCCAGGGAGUUUGGAAUCUCUGCAGCGGGGACACCAAGCAAUGUUAACUGCAGAGAUGCGUGGUUUGCUGAGGUCCAUGUCCAUGGAUGUUGCGGCUCGGUCGGGCUGCACACGGUGCCUUUGGGUGGCUGUGAUUGGACCGGACACAGACUGGGGCUGACUGAUGUUUGUCCGAGAGGAAAUGUGUUGGGUAGGAGAUCGAUAUGACUUUCUGGCGUACGCGAGGGGGGAGAUGCCAGUCUACAGGAGCACACGUAUUACAGUGAGGACGGAGGAAAACAUGCAGGCAUAAGGAUUUGUUUCACUUGGAUUUAAAUUCUGAAUAGACCAGGACUAUCUUCUAACAUCAGACAUUUAUGUACAUUUAAUGUGAUGUGUUUUGCUGCUUUUGCAAACUGUUUCAGGAUUGCAUAUGGAGAGUAUUUGUUCUUGCACUAAAGUUUUUUCCCUCUUCUUGACUGUGAUGCAUGGGACUUUGAUGUUACAUCACUGGUUUUAUAAUACAUCAUCUUUUUGGACAAAUCUAUUUCACUUGGACUUGCACUCCUAACAGCUGCAUUUAUGGGACACUACAAAAUUGUUUAAGGAAGAAAACAACCAGUUGCCUAAUUUUGAAAUUCAGUAAAAUGUAUUCACAAAUGCCCGGCAACAUGUUAGUUAACUGGGUUGUAUAUUGUGCUUUUAUAUUUCCGCUGUUCGCAGUGGGGACAGCUUUCUCGGGGGUCUUCAACGCCACAGAUAGAGACAUUUUUACAGAUGAUUUGCUGCAGGUCAAGCUCACACAAGACAGAGCAACUGAGCGGUGGAAACUCCAGUUGACUGAUUCCCAUCCCAACCUAUAUUUUAACCAAGUGGAUGUUUUGCACUUGAGGCAAAGGUCCUCCACCACCCACAGUCACAUAUUUAAAGUCAUCCGGGCAGCUGCACUAACCAUGUUGUCUAAUGUUCCCUUUUACAUGCCCCCUGUGAAACAUUCAGAGUUUACAAGCAAGUGGAAUGAGAUUUAUGGGAACAACCUGCCUCCCCUGGCUCUGUACUGCCUGUUGUGCCCAGAGGACUCUGCUGCCCUGCAGUUUCUUAUGAAGUUUAUGGAUAGGAUGGCUGAAUAUCCAGACUGGAAGGUGACCAGUGCUCCUAACGAUGAGGUUCCCAUGGCGCACUCUCUCACUGGGUUUGCUACUGCUUAUGACUUCAUUUACUCCUACCUGGAUGAACAGCGGAGGGAUGUUUACCUCAAGAAAAUUCGCUCUGAGACAGAGGAGCUGUACGAGCUGUCAAAGUACAGAGGGUGGGGGAAACAGUAUCUCCAAAAUCAUCAAACCACUAACAUAUUAGCCAUCCUGACUGGUGCAAUUGUGGUUGGAUCACAUGACGAUCCAGAGUCAAUGAUCUGGAAACAAGUGGCAGUGAACUACAUGGAGAAAACAAUGUUUCUCCUAAACCAUGUUGUUGAUGGCUCUCUGGAUGAGGGGGUAGCCUAUGGGAGCUACACAGCCAAGUCAAUCACACAGUAUGUCUUCUUAGCUCAGCGCCAUUUCAACAUUGAUAACUUGCAGAACAACUGGCUUCGGGGACACUUCUGGUUUUAUUAUAACACUCUGUUGCCGGGGUUUCAGAGAACAGUUGGCAUUGCAGACUCCAACUACAACUGGUUCUAUGGGCCGGAGAGCCAGCUUGUUUUCCUCGACACAUUUGUCAUGAGGAACGGAACGGGUAACUGGCUGGCUCAACAAAUUAGAAAGCACAGACCCAAGGAUGGGCCCAUGGGACAGUCGUCAGCCCAGCGCUGGGCUACACUUCAUACAGAAUACAUCUGGUACAACAACCACCUCACACCGCAGCCUCCCCACGACUUUGGCAAAGCUAGGAUGCAUAUUUUCUCAAACUGGGGUGUGGUUACCUACGGAGCAGGGCUUCCCAACGGCCAGGGUAAUACUUUUGUCUCCUUUAAGUCUGGCAAGCUGGGUGGCCGUGCAGUCUAUGACAUUGUCCAUGACAAGCCUUACUCCUGGGUGGAGGGCUGGAACAGCUUUAACCCAGGUCACGAGCACCCUGAUCAGAACUCUUUCACAUUUGCUCCUAAUGGACAGGUAUUUGUGUCUGAAGCACUUUAUGGUCCAAAAUACAGCUACCUUAACAAUGUUUUGGUGUUCAGUCCCUCACCUACCAGCCAGUGUAACAGUCCAUGGGAGGGUCAGCUGGGGGAGUGUGCUAAGUGGCUGCGCUGGACUGAUGAGGGGGUGGGUGAUACCAGCGGGGAGGUGAUUGUCGCCUCCUCACACAGUGACACCAUGUUUGUGAGUGGGGAAGCGGUGUCAGCUUAUUCCCCCGCUAUGAGAUUGAAGAGUGUGUUCAGAGCCUUGGUUCUGCUCAACUCACAGACUUUGCUGGUGCUCGACCACGUGGAGAAGUGGGGGGAUUCACCUGUAACGUCCCUCAGUGCUUUUUUCCACAAUCUCGACAUUGAUUUUAAAUACGUUCCUUUCAGAUUCAUGGACAGAUAUAACGGGGCGAUGAUGGACGUGUGGGACGCUCAUUAUAAAAUGUUCUGGUUCGACAGCCAGGGUCACAGCCCUGAUACCAGGAUACAGGAGGCAGAGCAGGCGGCCGAGUUUAAAAAGAGGUGGACUCAGUAUGUCAAUGUCACUUUUCCAAUGACAGGCACAGUCAGCAGAGUAGCUUACGUGUUACAUGGGCCAUAUGUCAGAGUAUCCAGCUGUAGAUUUAUGGAUAGUAGCAAAAAUGGUGUGAGGCUUUCUUUAACCAUAAAUAACACAGAGAAGAUAGUCUCUAUUGCUACAAACUAUAAAGAUAUAGGAGCUAGGAUGUCUUAUUUAGGAUUUGGAGGUCACUGUAAAGUUGAGGAUAGAUAUCAAAUCACACGAUAUGGCCUUGGGACGCAACUCAUACCCAAACAAAUCAGCAGCGAUAAUCAGCUGUUUGACUUUGGUUUCACAGUCAAUGUGAUAGCAGGGGUUGUUCUCUGUGUGGCCAUAGGAUUUUUGACCAUGCAGAGAAAGUUUUAUGUCUGCUUCAGCAGGCUGAUGCGUUACGCCCUCCUCUCUGUGCUCAUUCUGUGGAUAGCAGAGCUGCUGUUUGUGUCUAACAGCUGCGAUCAGCUUCUCUGUGGGGUAAAAUGGAAAGGUGCGGGUGCCAAAAGUGAAGUAAACAAACAAAUCAGACUGUACGAGCAGCGCCGGCUUCCCCUGCCCACCGUCGUCAUAACAACCCUUCCCGGAUCAGGAUCAGAAAUACUCAAGCACCUAUUCUAUAACAGCUCAGACUUUGUUUACAUAAGGGUUCCCACUGAGCACGUGGACAUUCCUGAGACCGAGUUUGAGUUUGACUCUCUGGUCGACGCCUGUGAGUGGUCAAGGUCAGACGCCGUGCACGGGCGGUUUAAGAUUAUUCAGGGCUGGCUGCAUUCGCUGGUCCACAACACCAAGCUGCACUUGCAGAAUAUUCAGCUGGUAGAGGGCAGCAGGGUCAAACUGCCCCAGAGAGCUGGGCCCUCUAGGGACAGAAAGAAAAGAUCCAGAAGGAGAGAGCCGGCGUCUGAGCUCAAGGGCAAAUUGAGAGCCAGUCUAGACAGAGAUGCAGAGCAUGUUAGGGAGAUGAGACGCCAUGUGGCGGAGUACCCGAAUGCCCGGGUGGUCCUUAACAUGCGCAGUGGAAGCUGGGCGCUCAAACUGUCCUUCAUUCAGGAGGUUGUGGGACCUUCCCUGAGGACAAUCUACUUGGUGAGAGACCCCCGAGCGUGGAUUUAUCUCAUGGUUUAUAACAGCAAACCCAGCCUUUACUCCCUUAAAAACAUCCCGCAGCACCUUUCCUUGAUAUUCAAGGAGGAUGCUGUCAAGGAUGGGUGCCCAACUGUGGCGCCGGAGUUUAAGAUAAUCCAGAGGCUGCUGUCCCGUUCAGAGACAAACCCCAUCCUGAUACUGGCUCAUCUGUGGCUGGCUCACACCGCAGCAGUGCUGAGGGUCACCGAGGGCCUCCCCGAGGAGUCCUACCUCCAAGUGAGGUUUGAGGAUGUGGUCAAUUUCCCGCAGGAUACAGCGGAGAGCAUACACACAUUUCUGGGGGUGCCCGUCUCACCCGCAGCUCUCAACCAACUUAUAUUCACCACCUCCACGAACCUGUAUAAUCUCAUGUAUGAAGGAGACAUUUCACCAGCCAACAUUAACAUGUGGAGGCAAAAUAUGCCUCGACGGGACGUCAGACUAAUAGAAGACGUGUGUGGGAGUGUGAUGAAGAGGCUGGGUUACACUAGGUUUGCCAGUUAACUUACUGCUGCUGGUCAGCUGAUAUUGAGCUGUCUCGUUUACUGUAGCUGCCAGAGUUCUGUAAAGUCGUUUUUCUUUUGCACUGACCUUACAUUUUAAAAAUAUGUUACAAGUGGAGGAAGAGCUGGGUAGCAUUUCUGCCUGUGUUUUUUUUUUCUUCUGUUAGUUGUGUUAGUUGGGUGUAUGUACGGUGUUGUACAGACUACAGCAACAGAUGUUUUUGAGGGAGGAAUAUUUUACAUUAAAAUAGGUGCAAGGGAGAUUAUGUUGUGCUCCCCCCCCAGCAGCCCUUCACACUUACUUGUAGCACUUUUAUUGAAUGAGACUUUAGACCUGUCUUACAUGCAGAGGAAUACCACAGAAGUUUAGCAUAACUUUAAUGUUAUUGCAGCAUCCCACAACAGCUCAGUUUCUCAGAAGAUUAUUUACUGUAUGUCUUAGUAAGAGAUGAAACACGAAUCCCUAAUCUGUGACGUUAGAGAGCAGUUUUUUUCAAAAUCUCUAUUUGUUAUCACUGGCAUUAUUUUAAAAAUAAGACUCGCAUUUAUAGACAAUCUUCUAAUUUAUAGCUUUGGAAGAGAUUUGGAUGUCAUGAAUUUAAUUUGCGUGCUCGUUCCCUUUAAAUCUAAAAAAGAGGCUGAAAUGUAUAGACAAUUUUGCAAAAGCAGAUUGGAAAACCGAUGAUAGUAGUGCUUUAUUGCUCUAAUAUAGACAUAUGAAUGAUAUGGAUUGUAUUUUCAUUACAUCAGUAGAGGGACUUUAUUUGAAGCUCAGAGAUGUCAUGGCGGUUUGGUGGCUUAGCACUUUCACAGGGACUCCUUUGAUUGUAUGUGGGAUUCAAAGCUAAACUUUACCAUAUGUACUCAGCUUGGAAAUAUAAAAACCUCUGAAUAUAUAUGAACCUCUGAAGAUAUUAUGUCUAGAAGAAGUAUUUAUGGGUUCCAAAGAUGCAUAUCCCAAAGGAUCAAGGAUGAAUAUGAUUAUUAUAACUCCCUUUGGCAUUUAUUGAAUUAGAUCAGAGGGAAGUGCUUAAUAGGGAUCAAACUGGAAAAAAAACUGUCAGCCUUGACACAUUUCUAGUCAAAGCAAUUUCCAAAGCAUCCCCCUCAGCUACUAAUAUUAAUCUGCAAAAUGCCAUAACUGAGUCUUACCCUGUGUUUUAUUGCUGUGCUAUCCUCACUAUAAAGGCCUGCAAAAGUUGCCAUUUUAUGUCGUGGUCAAUCAUAUGAUCAUAUGGGCUCAGCAAGCAGUGGACUGAACAGGGGGAUGAAUAGCUAAAAAAAAAGAAGAAAAAAGCCAGAGACCAUGUUUACUCUGUGAUGUUAUGCUCUUUGGCCUCCUUAGUAACCUUUGAUGCUGUCUUGCUUAACAUUUCUGUACUGUAAAUGGAUCACAUGUAACAUGGAGAUGGUACAUUCAGUUAUAUUGCAUCUGUACACAAACAAACAUACGUGCCCAUUUGGAAAUAUCCAUCUUUCCUCAGCUAGAAACAGCCCUGUUUGUUUUCAUUCGCGAUGAACACUGAAACCCUUGACUGCCUGGAAAACCCGUUUGAUGUUUGUGGUCUUUGAAUGUGUAGACUUGGCAGACAUGCUUUCACUUUGGUGUUGCAAUCCUGUUACCAACUCUGUUUUGUAUUUGCUCGUGGGGAUAUGGUUCCUUGCUUCUGUGGCCUUGAAUUACAAUCAUUUCUUUAUAAGGGUUUUCUGUGGGCUCUGGAGCAGGAGGUGGAGAUAAUGUAAAGAAAAUAUUAAAUUCAUAAAUAUAUAAGCAACCA